AUGGCCGAGCCUCUGCCCGGGGACGACAUGCAUCCCCAAAUCAUGCAGGCUCUCAUGCACUUUGUGCAGUUGACGAGUCAGAAGGAGGGGCGGUCUCAAGAGGAUGUGCUGGCAGAGUUCUCGACCCCGCAGGGCAUGAAAGCUUUCACAGACCUCAUGAGCAUGGCUGCUGGAGGAGCUGCCGGUAACCUCAGAAAGGCCCGAAUGCUUGCCGAAGCGACCGGAAGAGUGGGAAUCUACUUGGAACAUCUAGGAAAGCACUGCCCUUGGCUGCUUGGAGAGAGCAGCGAAGCUUCAGAAGCUGGUGAACACGGGUGUGCACUGAGAGACUGUUCAGGCAACGUGCAGCGAGUACACUUUGCCGUGGAUCUUGCCAGUGCCACCGGCUUCUAUGCCAGCCGCUUCGCAGUGUGCAUGCCAGAAGUGAAGUGGUACGCCUCUGAGCGAAUGCUGAAUCCAUCAGACUAUUUGGGGAUCAAGAUGCUGGAGGACUGCAUCGAGUACAUGACCACAGCUCCCGAAAGCCCGGCCAAGGGCAGAAACCCUGGCAAGGGUGGAAGCCAGAAGUCUCUGAUAGACGACACUGCGAGCUCCGACGAAGACAUGGAGGACUUCGAUGACUUUUGCCUUUCGCUGGGCACGGAGCCGAGCCGCCAGGCCUCUCUGCUUCUCCGGGGCCGCGUGGCAAGUGUGGACGUCACCGAGGACGCUUGGGAGGGAGUCCAACACCUCCUCGGCCGCUGCUCUGCCUUGGUCUGCACCUCCUUGCUCACUCAGGUCGGAUACAAGGAGCCCCUGAUCUGGACCGACGUGCUGCAAGGAGCCUCUCCACUGCUCGAGGAGGGAGGCAUCCUGCUGCUCUAUGAUUCCGAGAAGUGGGGCGACUUCGCAGAUGUGGCGAAAAUGAGUGACUUCAUCAAGACGCAGCAGUUGGCCCUGGAGCUUGUUGACAGACAGGAGCCUGUCGACUACGCAGGCGAUGCUGAUGGAAGGAUGUUCAUCUUGGUCUUCAAAAAGACUUCGAAGACUGCCUGCAAAUCGCCAACCUGGCUCCUGCAACGUGCAGAAGACUUCAAACAAGCUGGAAACAGCUACUACAGCAACCCAGCAAAGCGUAAGCAUCCAGAGGAAGCGGUCUGCUCCAACCCUCGGGUGCAAGUGUUGUGGAAGGCCGUCGCCUGCUACGUGCAGGGAUUGGAUUGUCUUACGCUGGUGCGGUCUGACCUCUACAAGGAUCAGCACGACACAGCUGACACAACGCCCGCUGAACGCGAGAGGCAGCUGGCGCUCUUGUCCUCCAGGCUGUACUGCAAUCUGGCUGCGGCAUAUCUGGAGUUGGGUCCAACAGCAGGGACGUACCAACACGCCCUCAAAGUUGUCAACCUGGCUCUGGACUGCGCGCCAGAAUGGGAUCGAGCCAUUGAGCGCAAGGCCAAGAUCCUGGAGGCAAUGCAAAGACACCGUGACUAG